AUGGACCACUCACCUCAUGAAGAUAUCGCCAAAAGGCCCAACGCGACGAGUACCCCUAACUUGAAAUUCCUCAACUACUCCCUCACAAAGAUCACACUUGACGCCGGCCUCCGCAUCUCCAAAGCAACUACAAACCUCUCCACCGCCAUCUGCGGUGCCAUCCUCCUCAUCCCUCGCACCGUCUCCGCCCAAGCAGAAGAUGGCUACGGUUACCCAAAUCUCACUCCCGCAGGCCCGAACUACGACGAUUUCAUCGCCGGCCCGGCCAACAGAAGCGACAAGGACGGCCAGAAAGUCCUCGCCGACGUCGACAACUUCCUCGCGUCAAGCCUGAACUGGAUCGCGUUCAAGCAACGCGCGGACCAGAUCCGAAAGUCUGGAAUCCAACAGGAUUGUAUUGGGAAUUUGUCGAUUGCGCUGACGGGCCUGGGCGGUGCGUAUCAGGCUGGCGCAUCUGGGGCGACGACGCUGUUGACCUUGUUGCCGACUGCGGGCGCCUUGAUCGGGACGCCCGUCACCGAGCUAUGGGUCUUGUAUAAGUUGAUGCCGCUCGCUGGGUUGAUUUCGAUGGUCCUCUCGCUGGGCGGGAACAUUGUCCCAGCCGAAGUGAAUGAAUACGAACGUGUGGCGGCAGACUUCACGUACAGCGGCAUGGUUGCGUCGAACCCGGAUCAGUACAAUGCUGUCAAGGUCGACGACGAUGAUGCCCUGCCGCCGGAUGCUGGCACGACCGAGGCGAAAGAGAAGAAGGAAGCCAUCAAGUUCGCGAAUCAGGUCGCUGCCAGGGCGAGACAUCCUAUUGAGUUGAGGAAGGCUCCUGUCAUUGUGGGUGGAAUCACAGUGCAGAUCUUCCUGUUGGGGUUGAUUAUGGUGGCUUGUUGGUUUAUGCAAGCAGGGAGCAUCGUUGUCUGGUGGUGCACAUUCUACCCCUGGAUGUACUUCUGGUACGGCUUCGUCGCACUAUCAUCGCUGCUUGAGAACCUCGCCGGCGUGCCCUUCACUCAUCAAUGGACAAUCCGCGUCUCUCGCGCGCCCAAAGUCGAAAUCUCCCCAGAUGUACCCUGGGCUAUUCCAGAGCCUGCGCCUCAGAUUCCAGAGAUCAGACACCAAACAGACAUUCAGCCCUCCGGUAGUAAAGGUCCCUCUGCAUUCUCCGAUGAGGUCGCUUACCACGGCCACCAGCUCACACCGUCAAACCACUCCAAUGCGAGCGGCGACGUCCCCACGUUCUACCCCUCGCGAUACUCGAGCGUGCCUCAACAGCCGUUCAGUGAAGGAGAGAUCCUGACUCGUCUCAAGAAAGGCUACAACACAUUCGGCAGGGUCGUCAUGGAGCCUAAUCGACCCUGGUCGGCUGCGAAGGACGCCUUCUAUGUCAUCAUCAGUGAAAGAGGCGUCGACUACUCUCACGCAUCCCUGAGAGUUUUCUCGAAGAUCCUCACCAUCGGCGUCUAUACGGUCGGGACGGCGAUGUUUGCGUCGAGCACUUUGGCUACGAUCCUCGUCGCUGUGGUGGUCGCCAGUCUGGUUAUCGUCGCCGGUGUCUUCGGUCGAGUGACUGCAAUGUGGAUGGCCAGCGAACUGAUGAAAGGUCGUCCGAUCCUUCAUAAAGUCGCCAAAAACCGCAAAGAAGCCGAGCUGUACAUCGAAGCCAUACUCAGAAAGCCUGACAUGGUCUUCGAGGUCCUCGGUCAUGUCAUUACCGAUGGCCGGAUUAUCAAACGGUACAGGAAGCCGUUGCGUUGGAGCUCGAUCUUGGGCGUAUUGGCGGACCCGUACGACAUCACCAAGCUGGCGACGGCUGGUUAUUCAAAGGUUUGA